UAUUGCCUAAUUAAAUGUGUUUAUUUUUUUAUCUCAGAAAAUCUAAAGCAGUCCACAGUAGCUGGCAAGCACCCCCCAGUUUGAACCAACUUGUUAGCUAGAAUCCAAGCAUAAACCGAGACAAAAGGCACCUAAAGUUCAAGCAUCAAGGAGUAAAGAGGGAGGGUGGACACAGAUAUAAAGACCUGGAAGAGGGGAAGUCUUUAUCAAGCAAAAGACAAAGCCAACACCAGGUUGAGACUUCGGCUUUCCUACAUUUACUCAGAGUUCCAGAGUCAAAGCCAAGUCUGAUUUUGUUGGUUCUGCGUCUCUUAUAAAGUCCAUCUUGCAAGCCUUAAAGAGUAAAGGUCAAGGUUCAAGAUCAAGUGACAUUGAGAAUAAAGGCUCCUGCAUGCUGAUAUUCAGUGAACAACCUGAUGGAUCCUUUCUGAAAGAAGGGAGUGAGUCCUGAACAAUUCACUUUAUUAUUUUUUUUCUUAUAAUUCAGAGUUACAGAUAAAGAAUUCACUUUAUUAUGCUAGCCAAUUUUGGACUUUUUUCCCUGUAACACGUUUCGAAUUACACAUGCAUACUGCAGCUACACAUUAUAUUACAUACAUUAUAAAGGUACAGUUACACAUUUUUGUUCAUUUUGUUUUGUUUUGUUUCCUGACCACUAGACUGACUAUCAGGGAUGUUCUUUUUUAGAGUCACUCUUCUAAAUCAUAAUGGCACAUUUGUUUUCAUAAUAAAAAGUAAAAGAUUUUUUCUGAUUAUUCAUAUUGUAGAUGUGAGUUUAAUAAAUUGAACUUUUUUCCUAUUAAUUUCAUUUCACAUGUAAAUAAUACCUGAAAAAUAUUUUUACUUGAUAUCUGAUGUUCAAAGUGUCCUUAACAGCUAGUCAUAUUUGAAGAUGUUCGAGAUGCUGAAGAUGCUCUUUAUAACCUCAAUAGAAAGUGGGUAUGUGGCCGUCAAAUUGAAAUACAGUUUGCACAAGGUGAUCGCAAAAGUAAGUGUGACUAAACAUUAGAUCUUGUUUAUUCAGCAGAAUGAGUUUCAGCGAUGGCAGGUUUUUUAUGUAAAAUUCUUUCUGAAAAUGAUACUAGUUAAGUGGCUGUUACUGUGGUUUUCAGGUAAUGAAUUAAGUCUUGUUCUUUAUAUUCUAGCACCAGGCCAAAUGAAAUCAAAAGAACGUCAUCCUUGUUCUCCAAGUGAUCAUAGGCGAUCAAGAAGCCCCAGCCAAAGAAGAACUCGCAGUAGGAGUUCUUCAUGGGGAAGAAACAGGAGGCGUUCUGAUAGCCUUAAAGAGUCUCGACACAGGCGAUUUUCUUAUAGCCAGUCUAAAUCUCGUUCCAAAUCACUACCAAGGCGGUCUACCUCAGCAAGGCAGUCAAGAACUCCAAGAAGGAAUUCAGGUUCUAGAGGACGGUCAAGGUCCAAAUCCUUACAAAAGAGGUCCAAGUCAAUAGGAAAAUCACAAUCAAGUUCACCUCAAAAGCAGACUAGCUCAGGAACAAAAUCAAGAUCACAUGGAAGACAUUCUGACUCCAUAGCAAGAUCUCCAUGUAAAUCUCCCAAAGGGUAUACCAAUUCUGAAAGUAGAGCACAAUCGGCAAAACAGUCUCAUUUUCGGUCACAUUCCAGAUCUCGGAGUUACCGUCAUAAAAACAGUUGGUGAACAGCAACAGAAGAGCCCUACGUAGUCUUUAAUAUAAGUUAUUAAACCUCUCAUUAUGUUAAAUAAAAAUUCUUCAAGGUUUACAGAAAAUGUGAAUUGAUAUUAGUUACUUUGGGCAUGUGGAAGAAAUAAAUGUCUUUAGCUUUGGAUUAAUCAAGAUUUGGUCUCAAGGGCCCACACCACAAAUUAUGAAAUGUCUAAUAUCACCAUUUUAUGGACCAGUUUUUGUUUACAUUGUGGUAGGAGGGUGCUUUUCAAAGGAAAUGGGUAAAUGGCACUAAUUUUAAAAAUUCUACUUGGAUAUUAAGUAUUAGUAAAAUUAAUACUAACUUUUACAAAAAUAUUUUGACUUUAAAGCACUUUCAUGUAAAAAGUAAUUAUGACUGUAUAACUGCAUAGUGCAGACUUACACUGUUUGACACCUAUGUCUCCUUUGUGUCUUGUGUUUAAACUUGAGCCAAUUUCUGGUGGACAUUAGUUCAUGUUACAAAAUUCUGACAUCCUGAAAAGUAGAAUUUAUAUAGAGAUCAAACAUUCAAAAGAUACAUUCUCUACUGAGCUCAAAGGUUAUAUUUUUAUUGGGUAGAACAGUAUAGGUAAGUUGACAUAAAAUUGCAUUCUAUGCCAUGUCCACUUUACAAAGUCAAAAUGUUUGAGAAAUACCGGAUUUUGAAUGGUUUGAGACUACUUCUCUAAAAAUUAUGAUGUGCAACACUCACAAUCCAAAAAUAUUCAUAAUAAGCCUUACCAUUUGAAAAGUGAUACAUUUUAUAUAAAGUCAUAUUUUAUACCAUUAUUUCUACAUACCUACUUUUCAUUUGCUGCUUAAUUUUUUAUUUUUAGAGUUCUAGCUCACCUUUAAAUUAUAUAGAACAAUUCUUAUUAUUUUUUAAAGUGUUUAGUACCUGUAUUAAGAUGCUCAAGACUACAUCUUCAAAAAGCAACUUUGCUGUAUUUAAAUUUUACAUUACACUGCCCUUCAUUUUUUAAAGCCAAAUAACUUUGUUGAUAUUUAUUGCAUUUGUAGUUAUUAUAACUAAUAAUUUCUUUUAAAAUGUGUUUGUAGUUUUGUUUUUCAAAGGGUUUUGGUAGUAUUUGUGAUAAAAUGGUUUUGCAUAUGAUUAUUAUAGGGGAUAUAUUUAUAGAGCUCUACUUGUAUACUUUGUCAAAUUAUAUUAUUGAAACUUAAAAGUUCUCAACUCAUACAGUUAAUAUUUAUAUCUAGAGUGCUUAAGAAAAAAUCUGUCUCAUAUUUUCAGUAUAUAGAAGCUAAUGUUGCUUCUGUUUGUUUUGAAUACAAAUUCCAUUUUUCUUUGCAUUUUAGAUCCUAUAUGUAAGAAACAACUUUACACAAUAAUUUGUAUGCUGGUAAUAUUUGGACAAGUACCAUAAAUUUAUGUAUAUUGUA